AUGGGUCCGAUGGGCGACCCCAGCCGCCAUGGGGCCCCGCUGCUACUCCUGGGGCCACCGGAUGCGGGAAGAGCGCGCUGCUGUUUGUUGCCGCGGACUUUGGCUGCGGAGGAGGGAGCGGGGCCGGUGAUCUUCCUGUCCCGGGAGCCGCUGCAGAGACUCCCCACAGGGGGGCGGGCGGCCCGGGAUCCGCUCACACUCAAGCGAAUACGUUUCUUGUAUCCAUCAUCUUUGAAGGAUCUCCUGGAGUUCUUUUCCUCCCUUCACCUCACUCCUUCUUUUCCCUCACUCAUCCUAGUUGAUGGGUUGGAGCGAUACCUUCCUUCCACUUGCAGCCCCCAAGACGGAGCUCGCAUUUCUGCCCUCAUGCUGGACACUGCAUCCCACUUUCACUGUGGCCUCCUGGUGUCAUCAUUAUCCUACUCGGAGGGUAAUGACGGGGCGUUUCUGGCUGUAGAAAGGUACUUCUCAAACCGCUGCCAUCUCUAUAGUGACCUCUCUGCUGGAACUGAGGAGAGAGAGUUUAAGAUCAGCUUCUGGCCUCUGCUGGAGCAAUGGACCUUAUACAUGGCGCAAGACGGAUCACUAAGAAUCGGCCCUGGUUACUCUAAACAGGACACAUCGCCGACUCGACCAAAAGCAGUAGACUAAAGACUUGCGUGUCUGCAUUAUUUAUUGCAUGCUUGUAGUGGGAAAACCAUGCUGCUAUGGAAAGUUUUAGUUUUAUAAUAAAGGUAAUAUUUUUUUAUACUGUUAAUUUUA